AAAGACCGACUUUGAUUGGUCUAUCUUAAAUGUUCUAAAUGAAACCCCACUUGUGAUUCGUCCAAAGUAGACCAAAGCCCCGGUGAAGGGGACCGAGUGCGAGGUGUGAGUCCCGGAAAGGAACCUGAGAGCCAGGAUGGCUGGCAUGGUGCUGGGAGUGGGUGCUGGCGUGUUCCUCCUCGCUCUGAUCUGGGUGUCGGUGCUACUGCUGUGUGUGCUGUUAUCCAGAGCCUCUGGGGUAGCUAGGUUCUCCAUCGUCUUUGUCGUCCUCGGUGCUCUGAUCAUCACUAUAGUUCUAUUGCUUUUCCCUCGAGCCAGUGAAUUCCCAGACCCAGAGGUCGAAGUGAAGAUCGUGGAUGCCUUUUUCAUUGGCCGCUAUGUCCUGCUGGCUUUCCUCAGCGCUGUCUUUCUUGGAAGCCUCUUCCUGCUCCUCACUCAUCACCUGCUGGAGCCGAUCUAUGCCAAGCCACUGCGGUCCUGCUGAGCACGGUAACGGAAACAUGGGACAUGCUGGUGUCGUGGAGGAGCACAAAGGCACUUUCUGGAGCCUUGACAAACCUUCAUGUCUUCAGACCAGAGGAGAGUAACCGUCUGUCACUAAGACAAACGUCUUGAGCCCUGCCUUUCAAAAACCUAGCAGCAAAACAGACUCCAUGGAUGUAAAAUGUCACCGUCUGAAGAUGGAUCCUUGGGAUUUCUGUCUGUAGGGAACAGUGAGCUGCCUGGGGCUAAAUGUUCAGUCAAGCUGUCAGUGGCAGAAUUGCGGAGAAGGAGUUUUAGGUUCUGUUGUCCGACAAGAGAGCCUGUCCUUCUUGAUAACGUACACACUGUAAGUUCUUAGUUGAGUAUUUGGAACCGUUUGGAAGAGGAAGGCAUUCAAACACAAAAGGUCGCUUUAAUGGGAUAGUGUGGAAGGUCAGGCGGCAGUUAUUGACCAUCCCAUAU